UUGGUUUCACUGUCUCAGAAAGUAUUUACACCAGACCCUCUUCAGUGCAGGAAGCUGCUGCUGGUUAGAAUCAACUGACUGGAUGUCUUUUUUCUCUGCGUUGGGCUUUGGCUAAGAAAUGGACGAUUGAAUAUGGUUCAGUGAGGAAAGAGAGCACUGCUUUUAAGAUCUGGAUUGAUCCCCACCAGGAAAAGAUGUCAUCGAAAAGUUUCGAGGGCAAGUUAUCAAACUACGAGAAAGAGCUGCCCUCCGCCUGCAACAACUGCAGGAAGCAGUGUACUAACUGCGGGAUGUUCCUGGGGUUCUUCGCCCUGUCGUUGUGCCUGCACCUGGUCACGCUGCUCUGUUACUUGGAUCUGCGCUCCGAGGUGAAACGGGAGCUGAGGCCGCAGAGCAGCAGCGUCGGUUCAGCCGAGGAUUUAGCGGAUGCUUCCUUUCUGCCGCUGGAGCCGGGCGAGCAUUUGCUGGAAACGCCGUCAACUGCUACCGCUGACUGGAAACAUUUUAGUCUUGAGAGAGAUAACAGAGCAUCACAUCUGAAGAGCAGAAUACUGAAUGCUGGAUUUCUGAAAUGCAAAGAAAAGCUGCAAAUACUCAGCAAGCCAGGCAGUAUCUGUCAAGUGAGAAACAGGUCAUCAUUUUCCUAACUGGAAUAACAACUCCCAUCUCACUGCUUAGGCGCUCGUUAAUCCAAGGUCAUCUUGACAUGCAAAGAUAAUGCAGGCUUCUUUUUUUCUACUCCAGACUGACUUCUUAAAUCCUCGUAUCUGUCUCGCCUGCCCCCUUUCAACAAAACAGGUGAGGAUUUCAUCUGACCAUCUGUUUUAACUGCCUCUGCCCCUUCUCCCCAAACCUCUUCACCUUAUCACCUAUCCUUUGUCUGCCUUUAAGGUCCUGCAUAAAACUUGUCUCUUUCACCAAGCUUUUGAUUACACACCUUAUGACCUCCUUACAUGACUCUGUCAAAAUUGCUUUGAUAACACGUCUGUGCAAUGCCUUGGGAUGUUUAUUAAGCUGCUGUUAAAUGAAGCAGCAAGUUUUGCCAAGAAAACGUUAACACAAAUAAGUUUGUAAUGAUUAAUAAAAAAAUUUUGUUUGCUGUAAAAAAACCAAACAACAUUUAAAAUCUCCUUUGUCGGCUGCCUCACUGUAUUAGUUUGCGCUGCAUUGUUUGAAGUCAAAGGUUGUUAAAUCUCUCCAGCUGCUGAAGAUGAUCAGAAUUUUUAUUUUAUGUGGUUUGUGAAUAAUUCAAACUGAAGGGUUCUCGAAGCCACAUAACUGGAGUUUCUUGCCUGAAGCUGUAGACUUCUUAUUAAAUUAGAAAAGUAAUUGUGUGUGAGUUUGAAAAUAACAGGUGGAUUCAAUAGAGGGGGUUUGAGUAGAAAAUUUCCCUCAAAGCAUAUUGCAGCGGGAUCAAUUUCUGUGAAAUAUGAUGUUUAAACAAGAUGCAGAGAAACGAAAGCUACUUUGUGAAUGUAAUCAUACUUGUACUUGUCACCAUUAAUGCUUUUUUAUUAAAACAAAGUUUAAUUU